AUGGAGAUGUACAGGAAUGACUUCUUAGACGACAAGUAUUUGGAUUACAAUGCGCAUAAACCUUCUCCUCUACCCGAUAAUUUCCAUUUGAAGCUAAUAACGCUCGAAGCGCCUAGUCUACAACCAUUGGAUAAAGUUUUCGUCCUUUCUGAACCAAAUAGUUCACGAUUGAACACCUCCGUCUCGACAAUUAGCGAACAGAUUCUUAAGAAAGUAGAUUCAGACAUAAAGGAAGCCGCCGCCAAAAUUGCUGCUUCAUCUGCAAUCUCUGCUGUAAAUAGGGAAGGAGCCAUUUUUGAAGAUUUGGUGCCUAUCAGCUUCGACGAAGCUGAUUUCAUUCGAAAACAAGAAGAUAUCUUGAACAUCAAGCGCUCGAAUUUGAAACGAAAAUCUUAA